UUACAUGAAAGGAGACCGCCGUAAUUAACCUCCAACAAUGGCUGGCUCAGAGCAUUUAAAAACUCUUUUGUAUACAAUUAACAAUUUGCUUCAACAAGAGAAGUACAAAGUGGCUCUUGCCGUUGUUAAAGGAUUCAGAAAUGGAGCCGUAUAUGGAGCAAAGAUAAGAGCGCCCCACGCCCUUGUGAUGACGUUUCUGUUUAAAAGUGGGAGCCUGAGAGACAAGCUGAAGGCCAUCGCUCAGGCAACAUACACCCACUCACGCAACCUGGCCUACUUUGUAUUCACAUACAAGGGGCUGCAGGCUUUGCAGGAAAGGAUCCAGGGAAAGAGCCUCCAGUCACAUUCCUUCCUUGCUGCUUGCAUCGGAGGGUGGCUGGUGUUCGGCGACAACAACCACAUCAACAGCCAGAUCAAUAUGUACUUGCUGUCUCGAAUUCUGUUCGCCUUGUCCCGAUUGGCUGUGGAAAAGGGCUACAUCCCCCAGCCCAAGAGAGAUCCCUUCCCUCUGUUUGCGACUCUGGUGUGGGGCAUCGUCCUGUGGCUGUUUGAGUACCACCCCCACACCCUGCAGCCAUCACUCCAGUCCUCCAUGAACUAUCUUUACCACGACAGCAACGUGUGGCACGACAUCUCAGACUUUCUCAUCUACAAUAAGCCAAGGACUGGAGCCAAGUAAAGUAAAGCUAUGGAUAGUCCCAUGCUCCUUAUCUUGGAGCAGCUCUUUGGAAAUUUAGCAUGUGUAUUCUAAUCACACUAAAUGCCGGCAAUCAUAGUGCUGUGAAGCCUGUUUGAAAUGAUUUUUUUUUUUGCCGAAAACAGAUGGGAGUGCAGCUGAACUUUUCAUUAAGAACAUUCGUUACUCUUCGACAUGCAUGACCAGUUGGAUACCCCAACAUGCCAGAUACGGUCUGCAUGCAGAGUACCUUGAGCCCUCAUAGGAAGUUUUAGCAGUUGGCUCAGAGAUGCAUUGAUUAAACCGUUGCUCAACAAAAGAGAGAGGGUUAGAAUCAGUGAGCCUCCAGAGAUACGCUGCUGUACUGUCAUAUCAGCAACAAGGCGUGAAUAGCAAGCACAUCCUGAAAAUACAACUUCUAUAGCACUACCCAUUUACUGGCACAAUAGCAAACUACUGUUUUAAUUAAUGUGCGUCUAUGUGUGAGCAGAACACAAAUCCUUUAUCAUUGUCAUUAUUUUUAUUAUUAUUCUGUUAAGACUGUGAUUUAUGUGUUUGGGUGCAGAUAAAAACAUGAUUUGUACUUUUUCUAAUUAUAUGGGUAGUUGUAUCACCAUCGUUCUUUUUGUCUAAUUCUGGAGUUUGAGCAGGAAUUGUGUUUGUUUUAUGGGUGUUUUAUUGUGUACCUCUCCCACCAUGUCUUUGAUGGCAUUAACUUAAAGUCUGGCCAGAGUCAUUGUUCAGGAGCAUGGAAAAGUAAUGUUCUCUUAAUUUAAUUUUGAUGAUCAACAGAAAAGCUGCGUCAGAGUGUUUCCUGAGGAUGAAUCUGAAGCAAAAUGUUCAAAUAUGCCUUAAAAACUAGUGCAAUAAUCUGACUGAACUGUGUCUUGUACUCUGUGGUACUAUGCCCUAGGUACUUAUAAUUCAGUUUGUGUUGAGCAG